GUAGCUGGGAAAUAACAGCCUUCAUUCAUGGUCACCGCGGCUAGUAGUUGCUUCCUGUGAAUCUAUUCUUGCUUUCUGCCAUGACGACAACACGGCGACUCGGAGGAAGAGUUAGGAUCGUAGCGCCACGUCGGCAUGGCCCAGAGUUUUCUGCGCAGCAGACAUGGUCAGAAUUGUCCAAGAACAUCAAAGAGAUCCAGAACCACAAUGCCUGCAACCUUUCAUUCGAGGAGAAUCACCGUUUCGCCUACAAUAUGGUCCUCUACCGCCAAGGGGAAAUGCUAUACAAGGGCGUCAAAUCUCUCAUAUCAGAGAACCUGGAAUAUCUUUUAAGAGAGCAGGUUGCGCCAGUCUUUCCUUCGGGCGCGAGCCAGGAAUCUCUGCAGAAGAGUAACGAGGCCGAAAUGCUCUUGAAAGCAUUAAAAAGCAUAUGGGACGACCAUCUAGGCAAUAUGUCGAAAUUGGGGCAGAUACUCAAGUAUAUGGAUCGCGUGUACACUAAAGCUGCCGAGGUACCAGAAACUUGGGAAACUGGUCUUACGUUGUUCUUAGAACAUAUCUUUCGCCCGCCGAUAAAAGAGCAUGUCAUAACAGCGAUAUUAACCCAAAUCGAAUUUGAGCGCGAGGGAUACACUAUCAAUCGUUCCGCCGUCAAGGGCUGUGUCGAUGUUUUCCUCACUUUGCAGACUUCUGCGGGCGGACCUACCGUAUACAAGGAGGAUCUAGAGCCCGCUCUUUUGAAGAAGAGUCGUUCGUUCUAUGAAGCAGAGGGAAAAAGGUUACUUAUUUCAUGUGAUGCUCCCGAGUAUCUGCGUCGCGUAGAAAAUGCCUUACAGGCAGAGGAAUCCCGUGCACAUCACUAUCUAUCGUCACAAACCGCUUUGCCGUUACGCCAAAUACUUCAGGACUGCCUCUUGACAGCACAUUUGGGCAAUGUCAUCUCUAUGGAGAACUCUGGUUUGGAUGUCAUGAUCGAUACAGACAAGAUAGAAGACGUGGCAAGGCUGUUCCGGCUGUACUCGAUGGUGCCUACAGGAAUGACUUGUCUGAAGCGUGCUCUCAAGGACUCUAUUUCCCGACGCGGGCGUGAUAUAAAUCAAUCUUCAUUGAGCGUCGAUUGGGAUGAACAAGACGACGCUCAAGGAGAUAAUUCUAACGGGAAAGGGAAAGGGAAAUCCAAGCCUGCCGCUUCAGGUGUACAGACAUUGGGUCUCGCUCUCAAAUGGGUCCAGGAUGUGCUUGAUCUUAAAGACAAGUUCGAUAUUGUAUGGAAAAGCGCAUUUGGUAGUGACAGGGAUCUUGAGAGUGCUCUGAACGAGGCUUUUGGAUCCUUCGUGAAUGUUAACAGCAGGUGUUCGGAGUUCAUCUCCCUCUUCAUUGAUGAUCAUCUAAGGAGGGGGUUAAAAGGGAAAACCGAUACAGAGGUGGAUCUUGUCCUUGAUAAGACCAUCACAGUGUUCCGAUUCCUUGGAGAGAAAGAUGUAUUUGAGCGGUAUUACAAGGGUCAUUUGGCCAAACGGCUCCUUCUUAAACGGUCCGUAUCGGAUGAUGCCGAACGUGGGAUGUUGGCGAAACUCAAGGUUGAGUGCGGCUAUCAGUUCACGCAGAAACUGGAGGGCAUGUUCAAUGACAUGAAGGUGUCGAUUGACACUAUGAACGAAUUCAGGAACUAUCUGCAAAAACCUGGUAUUUCCAAACCCUGCAUCGAGUUAUCUGUUACUGUGAUGACAGCAACGUUUUGGCCAAUGACCCAUUCCAAUUCACCUUGUACGAUACCGCAGCAAAUGAACAAAACAUGCAAACAGUUCGAGCAAUUUUAUCUGUCGCGGCAUUCUGGAAGACGGUUAACAUGGCAAUACUCCCUCGGAAAUGCGGAUGUACGGGUCAAGUUCAAGCAACGGAAACAUGACCUCAAUGUUUCGACGUUUGCUCUGGUCAUUCUGCUUCUCUUUGAAGAUGUGAAAGAUGACGAUUUUCUUUCUUACAAGGAAAUUCAAGAGUUGACGGCAAUAGAUCACACCGAUCUCAAACGUCACUUGCAAUCCUUGGCUUGUGCCAAAUUCAAGAUCCUGAAGAAGCACCCACCGGGUCGUGACGUUGACACCUCCGACUCUUUUUGUUUCAAUUCAGAUUUCACUUCUCAACUUCAAAAGAUCAAAAUCAGCACCGUCUCUUCGAAAGUAGAAACUUCAAGCGAGAGGAGAGAAACGCGAGAUCGGAUUGAUGAAGAGCGACGUCAUCAGACUGAGGCAUGCAUCGUACGCGUGAUGAAACUGCGGAAGCACAUGACGCACAACGAACUCGUCAAUGAAGUGACACCUCUUCUGGCUGGCCGAUUCCAACCCAAUCCUUUGGAUAUCAAGAAGCGGAUUGAGGGUUUGAUUGAGCGAGAGUAUCUGGAACGAUGCGAGGAUCGUAAGUCGUACAAUUAUUUAGCAUAAAUCACACCAUCCAUCGUCACUGUAUCUCAAACCUGUACUGUAUAAUAAACUUUCCAACCGUGAGCCGGUCGCUGACCUAACCUUU